UUAGCUUUAUAUUAUUUAAUAUACUUAAAUUCUACUUAAUUCUUCUACUUUCCCUAAACUCCGCACUGUUUACUUCCCCCACAUUUGGUCUAUUUGACCGCAAUAGGCAUCAUUUACAGGUUCGUGUUUUACAUACCGAACCUUAUAAACCAGCUGAUCCAUUACCCUGCAGCUCACACGUUAAUGUAUGAUAAAUAACAGAAAGAAGCAACUCGUCACGGACGUUUUCAAGAGUACUCCCAUGGGCUUUUCACCCCACUAGUAUUAAUACCUUAGUAAACUUACGUCUGACACGUCCUUUUCAAUGCAGCAAUGGUGUAUUAAUACAUUGACACAUUGUGGCCUCGUAGUAUCUAGUGUGUCACACCCCUCUUAAUGAGCAAGCACUGACAGUAUCAGGGCGUUGGACGACCUUGAACAGAGCCACACUCCAAUAAAUGGCUUAUAGUGCAUCAUUUCCCGUUCGCGCAUCGUUGUUAAACACGUGCCUCUGACUCACAUAAGUCACACAACAUUGACUAGUCGGGGUGGGCGUGUUGGUUCUGAUGAAACGAAAGCUAAGAUGACAGGGGACUUAAAAGGUAGCUUCCUGAACUGGGUAGUUGAGUGGUAGAGGCUGCACGGAUCACAGGGUGGGGCACCGUGAUGCUAGCAACAGGGAUAGCUUCACUAGCACAACGUGACAUAUGUGGAUUUAUCCACGUCCAGUGAAGUGUCUUGAGGUCGUCGGUGUAACAAACCUAAAUUGCAGCAACCAUGGAGAGGCCGACUGGUGAUGAUGAUGGGGUUCCUUUGCCCGCAGCAGCAGCACGAGGCAAAGGAAGGGGAAUAAGAGGAGGAGGACGAGGAUGGGGAGGAGGAGGAGGAAGAGGAGCAGCAGGGAAAGGAUGGGGAGGAGGAGAAGGAGCAGCAGCAGGAAAAGGGUGGGGAGGAGGAAGAGGGGGAGCAGCAGGGAAAGGAUGGGGAGGAGGAGGAGGAGGAGGAGGAGCAGCAGGGAAAGGAUGGGGAGGAGGAGAAGGAGCAGCAGCAGGAAAUGGGCGGGGAGGAGGAAGAGGAGGAGGAGCAGCAGCAGGGAAAGGAUGGGGAGGAGGAGAAGGAGCAGCAGCAGGAAAUGGGCGGGGAGGAGGAAGAGGAGGAGGAGGAGCAGCAGCAGGAGGAGGAAGGGGAUUCGGAGGAGCAGCUGCUGCAGGAGGAAGAGGAGGAGACUCCACGGGUCGACCUCAUGGCCGUGGACUGGACUUUAAAACCCUAGAGGAGCUCUCUGGAAAUGAUCCGUACGUAGUGGCCAUCGCGCUGUCCGCUCACCCGGCCCUGAAAGAGGUCGUGUCUGCGACCGAAAUGUCGAAGAACUACAUCGAGCUCCUCUGCCUGCUGCUGAGUAAAUCCUUCAAGUCGCAGGCAGACAGGAGCACGCGGCAGCACCUGGCCGGCACCAUAAGAGAUUCCGGUUUCUUCCGCACCGUCCUGCCCCACUACGUGGGGGGCAUGGGGUCAGAGUCCAACGCCAACCGCCUAGGGGACUACCCGCGGCACCUGGAAAACAUCCUGACUAUUCUGUCAGAGGUCCUCAGCUUCUUCCCCGCCGGCUCGGCCCAGGCCGCGAGUAUGCUGCUGACUCUGCUCAAAGCCUCCAUCCUCACCUUGAGGGCGUCGGGGGUGGACAUCCGGCCUCAAACGGAGGAGAGCGUGGAGAAUGUCGAGGGCCUGAUCAAGCACCUCCAGGUGAAAUCCAGGGAGGGAACCCUUCGCUCCAACAAGGACACUUAUGCCCUGCUAACCACUGCAGAUGAAGAAAUGCAACAGGAUUUCCGGGCUAUACCCAUCUACCCGACACCGGAGGAGUUUCAGCAGGAGCAGAGGCCCUUCCUGAGACCUAACCUCACCUCUCAGCGCUACACCAGCACCCACCUCUACCUAGACACGCACUUCCGGCUGCUGAGAGAGGACUUUGUGCGCCCGCUCCGCGAGGGGAUCCAGCAACUGCUUCAGAGCCAGACGGAAAAGGGAGGGGGCGAAGGAGGGCGACAUGGUCACCUGAAAGCCAAGCAGUUUGAUGACAUCAGAGUGUACUUUGACACAAAACUGGUGGUGCCCAAGUGCACCUUGUCCGGCAUGGCUUACAUAAUCCAAUUUGACGUUAAGCCAUUCAAGUUUGUGCGCUGGGAGAACUCCAAGAGGCUGAUCUAUGGUUCCCUGGUCUGCUUGUCGUGUGAUAAUUUUCAGAGCUUCUUGUAUGCCACAGUUUCUGAACGGGAUCCCAAAACCCUGCAGAAGGGACUGGUCACGAUUGCCUUCACCGAAGAGAGCAGAUGGAAGUUGGCCAAGAUUGAGAAUGAUAAGUCGUUCCUAAUGGUUGAGACCACUGCGUACUUUGAGGCUUAUCGCUACGUCCUCGAUGGUCUGAAAGAGCUGAGGGAGGACAACCUGCCCUUCCAGAGGUACAUCGUGGAGUGCAGCAAGGAUGUGCUCUCCCCAGAUUAUCUGCGAAGGAACGACUCUUACGACCUGAAGUCCGUUGCUCACCCCGACCAUAAGUGCAAGGUGAAGCCCUUUCACAGCCUGGCGCCUGACGCCUGGCCAGGAAAGGAGGAGCUGGGCCUGGAUGUGUCUCAGAUGAGAGCCUUCCAGCUGGCCCUCACAAAGGAGCUCACCAUCAUACAGGGACCUCCUGGCACUGGAAAAACCUACGUUGGCCUUAAAAUUGCUCGGGCCCUGUUGACCAAUCAGGCUCUGUGGAGAGAGGCAGGAGACGAAGCUCCAAUGCUGGUAGUGUGUUACACUAACCAUGCCCUGGAUCAGUUCCUUGAGGGUAUUCACACAUUUCUGCCGGAAGGAAUAGUGCGCGUCGGAGGGCGCAGCAACAGCGAGAUCCUGAAGCGCUUCAAUCUGAGGGAGCUGUCCCGCUCGCCUAAGUUCAAACAAAGGCUGCCGUCUCGACUGAGUCGCGUCUACGGUCAGGUUUACAAGGAGCUGUGUGAGGUAGAGCGAUGGAUCCAGAGUCAGGUCACCAAUCUGGAGUGUUCUCUGAAAGGCAUCCUGCGGGAAGGCUUCCUACAGAAUUUCAUCUCACCCAGACACUGGAACAGUCUGCAGCAGAGCCCAUCUAGAGGGGGAGUUUUUCGGGCGCUGGAGGUGAAGAGGAGCAGUCUGAUCAUGGAGUGGUUGGGCUUGAACUCCACCGUCCUCCUGCAGAGGGAGACAGAGAAUGCAAAUGCACGUCCAGCUGCCGAGGAAUCGGGGGACGACCUCAUUGCCAUCGCACACGAGGCAGACCUGAUCCUGGCGGAGCGCUUCGUGGAAGACAACGUCAGUGGCAGAGACGGCGGCAGCACCGCGGACCAGGGGAAGGAUGUCCGAGCCGUGGAGGAGCUGAUGCUGGCCAUGAACCUGGACGAGCACGAAAUCCAGGCUGAUCAGAGCGAGGACGGAUGGGAGGUACAACGGUCCGAGAAGAAAAGGUUGAAGAACCAAAUCAAGGCCGAGCUGAAGAAGACCACCACCAUGACUGAGCUGGAGGAAAGGGCUGUCCUGAAUAUUUGGAGUCUCAGCCAGCCAGACAAAUGGAGACUCUAUCGCUCAUGGGUGGCUCGCUACAGAGAAGAGAUUCGUAACAAAAUCCAAGGGUCCGAGGAGGAGUAUCAGAACGCGGUGGACCGCUUGGCUGAUGUAAAGCGCCACGAGAACAUCUGUCUGCUCAAGGGAGCCAAGGUUAUCGGCAUGACGACGACGGGGGCAGCCAAGUUCCGUAGCGUUCUGCAGAGCGUUUGUCCGCGUAUCGUGAUCGUGGAGGAAGCUGCAGAGGUUCUGGAGGCUCACACCAUCACCACGCUGAGCAAAGAAUGCCAGCACCUCAUCCUCAUCGGAGACCACCAGCAGCUGCGCCCCAGUGCCACAGUGUAUGAACUCGCUAGGAACUUUAACCUGGAGAUGUCCAUGUUUGAGCGGCUGGUGAAGAUGGAACUUCCUUACGUCAGACUCGACUAUCAGCAUCGUAUGAGGCCUGAAAUUGCCUGUCUUCUGACCCCCCACAUCUACGCCGAGCUGGAAAACCAUCCAUCGGUUUUUGAGUAUGAAAACAUCAAGGGCCUAGAUACCAAUUUAUUCUUCGUGGAGCAUGAAAACCUAGAAGAAGAGAUCAAAGAAGGGAAAAGCCAUCAGAACCAACAUGAAGCACAGUUUGUAGUCGCUCUUUGUCGCUAUCUCAUCCUUCAGGGGUACAAACCAGAGCAAAUUACCAUCCUCACAACCUACACCGGGCAGCUCUACUGCCUGCGCAACCUCAUGCCUGCCAGCCAGUUCGCCGGGGUCAAAGUUCACGUCGUGGACAAAUACCAGGGAGAAGAGAACGACAUUGUUUUGCUGUCUCUGGUCCGCAGCAACCGGCAGGGUAAAGCUGGCUUUUUAAGCAUUCCCAAUCGCGUCUGUGUCGCCUUGUCUCGGGCCAAGAAAGGCCUCUACUGUAUUGCCAACUGCUCAAUGCUGGGCCAGGUCAAACUCUGGGGGAACAUCUUCCAAACCUUGAGGGAAAAGGCUCAGAUUGGAAACGCCCUGACGCUAUGCUGCCAGAAUCAUCCCGACCGACGCGUGAAGGCGUCUCACGCCGCCGAUUUCAAACUGGCGCCCGAGGGAGGCUGCACGAAGCCCUGCGAGUUCCGCCUGGAUUGUGGCCACGUCUGCUCACGGCUGUGCCACCCCUGCGACCCGGAGCACAAGGAGUACCGCUGUGUCAAGAAGUGCGAGAAGGUCCUGUGCGAUCUGGGACACAAGUGCCCGCUCGCGUGCUUCGAAAAGUGCCCCAAGUGCGCGGUGCGGGUGGAGAAGGUCGUGCCGCGGUGCGAGCACGCCCAGAUGGUCCCGUGCCAUCAGGACCCGGAGACGUUCUCGUGCCGGGAGCCUUGCGAGAAGCUGCUUGAAUGCGGCCACCCGUGCGGCGCGCUGUGCGGAGAGCCGUGCACCCCUCUGUGCCGGGUGAAGGUCCCCUUACAGCUCAGGUGCGGCCACGGCCAACUGGACGCGUGUUUUUACAAGACACACCCACUCGAGCCCGAAUGCAGGGCUCCUUGCAAGAAGGAGCUCAAGUGCGGCCACGCCUGCAGCGGGAGCUGCGGCCGCUGCUUCCAGGGCCGCUACCACUCCGCGUGCCGCCAGCGCUGCGAGCGCCUCCUGAUCUGCUCCCACAAGUGCCAGGAGCCGUGCCCCGUGGCCUGCCCGCCCUGCCGGAAGCCGUGCGAGAACCGCUGCGUGCACAGCAAGUGCACCAAGCCGUGCGGCCUGCCCUGCGCCCCGUGCAUCGAGCCCUGCGCCUGGCAGUGCCCCCACCACCGCUGCGGCAAGCUCUGCCACGAGCCGUGCGACCGGCCGCCGUGCGACCGACCCUGCGCCAAGGCCCUGGACUGCGGCCACCCGUGCAUCGGCCUGUGCGGGGACAAGUGUCCGGGGAAAUGUCGCGUCUGUGACCGCGACGAGGUCACGGAGAUUUUCUUCGGCACGGAGGACGAGCCCGAGGCGCACUUCAUCCAGCUGGAGGACUGCGGCCACCUCGUGGAGUACACCGCCAUGGACCACUUCAUGGGGAUGGACGCCGACCAGGCGGCAAAGAACGGCGAGGAGGUGGCCAUUAAACUGAAGGAAUGUCCCAAGUGUAAAUGUCCAAUCCGCAAGAAUCUCCGCUACGGAUCUCACAUCAACAGCCGCCUCGCUGAGAUCGAGAUGGUGAAGGUAAAGAUAAGCGGACGCGAGGCAGAUAUCGAUAAGCAAAGGCGGGCCCUUCAAAGGCGGUGUGCGGAGAACCAUCACCUCCAUGAAUUUCAGUGCCAUCUGGAUGAUUUGCAAAUCCCCGACAAACUGGAAGAAAAGCACCUCACAGCAAAGGACCUGUGGAUCCUGGAGAACAGGAUCGAGUUCCUCCUAAGAGUUGCAAAGCUGAAAAAGGUCCAAAGGGAAAAAUUGCCGGCAAUCCAGAGCCUCCCGUUCGGAGAGCGCGUCGAGGAAUUCUUGCAGUGGCUGAAUCACCGGAGCCAAAGUUUCACGGAGCAGCAGGUGUUUGACCUGCAGAGAGAGCUACAGAGAAUCACCUCGCUGGCCGAACUCAACCUCCGUUGCCAGGAGGCACAAGCGAGAGGGCAACGCAACGCAAUACAAGCCGAGGUUCAAGCAACGACGGCCGUCUUGGAGAAGCGAGGCCAGUUCACGGAGCAAGACGAGGAGCGCGUGAGGGAAGCCAUGGAGCGGCUCGGCGAGAAGCUCCCGCGCACGGGCCUGGGCAUCGGCGAGGAGGAGAGGAAGAUGAUCGUCUCGGCGAUGAAGAUGCAGCCCGGCCACUGGUUCAAGUGUCCCGGCGGCCACGUUUACGCCAUCACCGAGUGCGGAGGCGCCAUGGAGAGCCGCGACUGCCCGGACUGCAAGGCCCCCAUCGGCGGGGCCAAUCACAGUCUGGCGAGCGGCAACCAAGUGGCCUCGGAGAUGGACGGCGCGCAGCACGCCGCCUGGUCCGAGGCCAGCAACCUCGCCAACUUCGGUCAGCUGGACCUCUGAGAGUCGUCCAUUCGCUACAGCUGAAGAGGAAAUGGGUUCAGAUUUUACUGUUGGGGAGGCCGUUCUUUUCUUCUUUUUUUUUUACUCAGGGGAUUUUUAGUUUAGUACCAUCCCAGUUUUUUUUUUUUCGUCUUCCACAUUUCCUGGUUCAGGUAGUGGUUUCAAUAAAAAAAUUGCUUUGCUGCAUUUAUUCAAUGCUCCUUGUGUAAGUAACAGUUGUCUUGCUCAACAAUAGGUGGCAGUAAAACACUGUUAAAGAAAAUUUUAGAGCAACAGCAGUUUUGAAGCUUGUGCAAAUGGAAUAAAACGGUGUGAAUCCAUUUGUCCGUUCUUGUCUUA